AUGUACUGCGUGUCACCAUACCGGGUCCCACAAGGAUGUUUUCAUGAAACAAUCAGGAUACUUUGACAAUAAGAAAUUACAGUAAAUACCAAUAAUUAUUUUUAAAUAGUAGAAUGCUUUGAACAAUAGACGUUGUCUUAAAGCAGUUUUACAGAGUUGGAGAGGUCAUAAAGUUUGUUCCUUAUAAUUUUAUGUUUAUCCCUAUUGAGCAAGCCAGUGGUGAUUGUGACAAGAAAAACUCUCUGAGAUGGAACAUUGUAAAUGUUUUAGUUUAAGAAGGUAAACUGCAUAAAAGAGCUAAAUAUAUGUAAAGCUCAUAAAGGUCUCACGUGUACAUGACUUGAACAUUAUACUUGCCCAUAUCAUUAAUAAUUUAUUAUAGAUCCACCACAAUAUUGCAUGACAAAUUCACAGCUUGCAUAUAUAUGUUAACUCUGUCCAGAUGCGUUUCUCAGUCUGUCCAGAAGAGGGCAGUGGUUUCUUUAAAAGUUGAUAUAAUCGAAAGCACGACCUACAUACCGGAAGUUGUGCUCUUUCAGUUAAACUAAAAAGACUAUCACUACCCUACAUUUGUGCACUACUUAGGGCAUGAAGUAACAGUAAUCAAAUCCUUUUGUAGCAGGCGUUAUUUAUACUGUCGUGUUAUUUUGGGACUGAUCCUAAUCACACACUAGCGCACUGAACAGUAUGGCGCAGCAGCAUCAUUGUGUACUAUAUUAGCAAGCAUACUUUGUAGUGUUGAAGUAUGUGAGCCUAAAGCGAGUCGAAAGGGUUUUUUUUAAGCUAAGAGGUAAAUGAGAAUUAUUUAUAGGUUCUUAUAGCGUGGAGUCUCUACAGGAGAUGAACAUGGUCGACUCCCAUUUUCACGUUCAGCUGACCGCUGUGAUGGAUGUGCUCCUGAAAACCGCGGUGUCCGACAUCUGCGCGCUGGCCGAGAGCUGGUUCAAAUCCCUGCACACGGAAAUAGCGAGAAGCAAAAAGGAGAACGAAGAUUUAAGGCAAAAGCUGCAGAUGAUGGAGCAGGAAAAGCACCAGCCAGCAGUUGAACCGGAGGCGGAAAACACAACGACCAAACAGGAGAAAGAUGACGGGGUUGAAGUGAGAGAUACAGACGAUUCGGGCUGUACAGUGUUAGCAGGAACCUCUACAGAAGAUUUAGCUGUGAGAGCACAACUAUGGCCGCCCUCGUCACAGGAAGACUCCAUGAAAAGAAACUGUUCUGCGACUGAUUCUGCACCAGCCAAAAGACCACACCUGAGAUGGAACCAUACACCAGCAGAAAUGAAAGAAAGAUCUGAUAGGGAAAGUGUAGAGCAAAAGCUAGAUGAUACAGAACUGAAUGGUGGAUUUUAUGUGCUCGGUAAUGAAUUCAAAACUGAAUCAGAGAAGUCUCAACCUGUUCUUCAAUCCUCAGAGUGCAGGAUGGAGGUUGGCUUACACUGUUCAAAUCAGAGUGAAAAGUGUGUGCUGCUGGAUGAAGUGUGUGCAGCUGAAAGUCCUCAAUACAGAAGAGAAGAGGAGCAGCAGUUCGACGUCUCCUGUUUAUGGACACCUGAUCUAGAGCCGAAUUCCACCCAUCUGCUUAGAGAAAAUCAAUCAGCCUUCACAAACUCAGACCACAGAAUGGCGCUGCAUUUGGGCAAAGAUUUCAGUUCAGCAGUGGCACCUAAAACUGCUAAACAUUUAAACUUUUCUAAAAUAACCUCGAUUUCUCUACUGUCUGAGAAAGGAAACGUUUGUAAUAUAUGUGGGAAAAAUCUUUCAACCAAAAAUUCGCUGGCUUCCCACUACAGAUUGCACACUGGAGAGAAGCCGUUCAUGUGUGCCCAGUGUGGAAAGAGUUUUGCCAAGAAAUUUAACCUAGAUAUCCACUACAACAUUCACUCUGGUCUAAAACCCUAUAUGUGCGCUCACUGCCCAAAGUCAUUUGCUGAUCCAAGUGCUUUUAGACGACACGAGUGGAUGCAUACACGCAAAUUGCAACAAAACACUAAAUAUAAAUUCAGUUGUAACACAUGUGGAAAAUGUUUUUUGUCAAAACAAUCACUUGCUGCACAUUCUCAACUGCACACUGCAGAGAAGCAACACAGUGUACAAAAGGUGCUGUUCUAACUUUAGAGACUUUGAAAGAGCAAAACAAAAGUGUCAAACACGUGACAUGAAUUACGCACAUGAAAUAAUAUUGUGCAAUAUUAAUUACAUAGUACUAUUGAUUUCUUUUAUAUGCAUUUACUGAAAGCCACUUAUAUAAACUUUGGUGAUGUAUGAAUAUGGGACAUAAGCUAGAAUAACUGUCGAAAAGAAUCUAAUACAAAUAAUUAUGCAUUUCAUUAAUGAUUUCAUUUGUAUUUUACAUGCGCUGUACCACUUAUAAAAUCAUUUCUUAUCUGGCAACCAAAAAAAUAAAUAAAACUGUUUACAGGU